CUGGAGGACUUUCGAUGCCUUGUUUUUGUCUUCCUAGGAAUCCUUCUCUUAGCGUGUUACAAUACCGAAGAGGGUGCCUGGUCAUCCACGCUAGCAGGGAGCUACUGCUAAGGGGCUCCAGAUCUGGGCUGGGGCUCUUAUUUUACAAUAGAAGCGGACGCAGGGACCGUCCGGAUUUUUUCCUGGUAGCCGUGCUAUGGAAGCUGCUAAGAAAGAAAAACAGGAUAAUCAUUCAAGGUCUUUGGCUAGCAACCCUCAUUGCAUUUUCCAGUAAGAUGUCUACAGCACCGCAGCCUCCUGAUGUACAGCAUGAAGCACCCAAAAAGAAAGAUUAUCGAAUUCCAGGACUCCGAGGUGCCCAAACAACUACUUUGUUCCGUGCUGUGAAUCCAGAACUUUUCAUUAAACCUAACAAAGCAGUUAUGGCUUUUGGCCUUGUGACAGUUACUCUUUGUGUAGCUUAUAUUGGGUACUUGCACGCACAACAGGAAAACAAAAACGAUCUCUAUGAAGCUAUUGACAGUGAAGGAAACAGACUUAUGAAACGCAAGACUUCAAAAUGGGACUAAAAAAACCCCUUAUUGUCAGUGUUGAUUUAAAUAUCAACAUGGAAGAAGACAUUUGAUUUUCUGAAUGGCAACUUUUAUAAUUUUGUCUGAAGAAUUAACAUUUAUUUUUAUAUAAUGAAUGCUUUUUUAAAAAAUAUUACAGUUUAAACAUCAGUGUGAAAUGCUGUUAUCAAUUAAUAUUUUGAGUAAAGCACAUUAUAAGAAAAGGGAUACUGCAGAAUAUGUUCAGUUUAUUUCUUAUCUAUACUGUGCCUACAGAUGCUUUAGAAUUAUUGCCAGAACUGCACUGCCUGAUUUUAAAGUUUAUUAUUAAGCAUCAGCGUCACUCAAAAAACAUUUCUAAAAUGUGUCUUUUGUACAAUCAUCCACCUGUGCAAAUUUUUAACAUUUCAAAUAUUAAAUAAGGGAGAACUGUGCCAUACUCUCUUCCAAAGUAAUUUAUUUAUGAUUUAGUGUAUUGAAUGAUUGAUGGAUUGAUAUUUUUCACUCAAGGCAAUAAAACUAAUCUGUUAA